UAGAAAAACUAUUUUCUUUAAGAUUACUUAGACCCAAAGUUCCUAACAUGGGAUUGACACCAACUACAGAAUGUUGGCACAAUUUCAGAGGUUCGGGUGCGUGGAAAUGUAAACUUAUUAAGCAGGAAAUAAACCCCUGGCAAAAUGUAUGUAUGUGCACAUUUAGAUCUAUUUGUUAGGUCUAACUUUUAAAAACAAAAUUGUUCUUCUCCAGAGGUGGGUAGUAACGUGCCACAUUUACUCGGUUACAUUUACUAAAGUAACUUUUGGAGCAAACUGUACUUUUAAAACUUGUUUUUAAAAAAAGAGAACAUUAUACUUGAGUAUAUUUGUAAGGUCAAAAAUGUGCUUCAAUUAAAUGCAUCUUACAUGACUUCAUUUGACCAAUCAAACACAUUUAUAUGGAUACUGUAAACUACAGGUACCAUAGUCGUUAACUGCAGCCGGCUUGGUGGAAGAACCACAGAUUUCAGUGCGUUACCAGACAGCAUUGACUUAUACAGCAGACCUGUGGUCUUAUAUUGAGGCAGUGUUUUCUCAACAGACGACCAAAACCAUUAGUGUAUCAUGCACUGCGUACUCUGUCAACCUACAAAUGUGGAUCGUUAAGCAUUUAUGAACUCAACUUUCAACUUGAGAAAACAUGUCACAGUACGUUAUUGAUUUGGCUGAAGGGGUGUGAUGGAGUUAACAGCUCACCGUGUGGCUAACAAGCAAACAAAGAGUAUCAUGCAUGACAUUAAUGUUUAAGUUGUUUUACUUUAGCUGUGAUACAUUAGUGAGGUUAUUAGUGACCACUGAGCAUGAAUUGAUGUGAAAUAAUGUUCACAUCUUGAGCUGAGUCUGUUUGCCAGGGCCUUCUCUACCUGAAUAGUUGUUCUUGAGCUAAUCUGAAGGCCACAUGAAGUCUGUAGCGAUUGACUCUGCAGAAAGUUGGCGACCUCUGUGCAUUAUGUGCCUCAGCAUCCACUGACCCCGCUCUGUCAUUUUACGUGGCUGAGUUGCUGUCGUUCCCAAUCGCUUCCACGUUGUUAUAAUACUGCUGACAGUUGACUGUGGAAUAUUUAGGAGUGAGGAAAUUUCACAACUGGAUUUGUUGCACAGACGGCAUCCUAUCACAGUACCACACUGGAAUUCACUGAGCUCCUGAGAGCGACCCAUUCGUACACAAAUGUUUGUAGAAGCAGUCUGCAGGCCUAGGUGCUUGGUUUUAUACACCUGUGGCGAUGGAAGUGAUUGGAACACCUGAAUUCAAUGAUUUGGAUGGGUGAGUGAAAACCUUUGGCUAUAUAGUGUAUGUAGGUCCUUAAAAAGGGAAGUAGAUGAGCUGCAGGUGAAAGAGAUCAAGGCAUCACCAGGAAACAGAUCAAUACUCAGGUGAUGCUGACCUCUGGUGUUGAAGGUGGGUAUUACACCUGACACUGUUAUUAUAUUACCUCAGUAAUAACAUUUUGCUUAAAGCAAAAUUCUGCAACAAUUUUACCUUAAAAACAGCUUCAAAAUCUUUUUGAUGGGAUCUUAAAACAUCGACUUAAAACAGGGACAACAGCAUCUCUGUCUGUUACAUUGCAGGCCCAGAACACCUGCUAUAGCACUAAGUAACUUUGGGGGAGCGGGCACGAAACCUCUCACAACAACUGCAUAAUACUAUACGGCACCACAUCACACAUUAGCAACUAUGGUUCUUCAUCUAGCUAUUAGAAGUAGCUCGGUAUUUCCAGUGUGCACAUGAUGGCAGAGGCUGCCAAAAGACCAAAGCAGACACUGUUGGAGAAAGCGAGGAAGAAAAAGUCAGAGAAGACUGGACCAGAGUAAAUCUCUGAACUGGCUUGUACUCAUUGGCCAGCUUUUAAAAAUGUAUUUUAUAACAAAAAAAAAAACAACUUUAUAAGAAUUUAAUAAGUUGUAUACAGUAUAAAAUGUGUUUGUUCUCUCACUGGGUGAGGAGGUAGAAUUUACUGACUAGUCAUCAGACUUGUAGAUACCUACAGCACCAUUGUAGGAUGUGAACAGGCAUGUUUACAACAGAUGUAGUGAUGGUUAAAUGCAUCAUUUUUUAAAUAUUCUUUUAACACAUUUGAAUUUGAAUUAGUCAGUGAGCUGAAUGAGCUGUGUUGGGUCCCCAGGAGUGACUUUAGUAAACCCUGGUCUACUGUACUACAAAAACUAGUCUUAAGUGAGGAAGAUUAUGUCUUAUUCUCUGCAUCAGAGGUCAUUGUUGUACCAGUGGAGUAGACAGAAAUACAUUUUUAGGUAGGCCUUUCAAAAAUUGGGUAGGACAGUGUAGUAGAUACAACUUUCAAGUGUGCUGAUGUUCCACAAUGCCAUUACAUAAGGCCUAUUCCUGACAGCCAUGCAGUCACCACCCUACCUAUUCCAACACUUCCACACCAUAGUCUGUCAAUCAUUCAGAAUACUGGAUUCACAUAAACACAGACUACAAAGCAAGCAUCUAGUCACCACAGGCCCAUUUGCCCAAAGAAGAUGGCAUGACUAAGUUAAAAUCAGACAGCUGUGAUGUGCAAAGAGACGUAAAAAUCUAAACCUAACAGCUGAAGCCAAUAACGUAUUGCCAUGGCAGAAAAAAAAGAUGGUCCAUUCAUGUCUUGCCUUUGAUUUACUUAAGUAACAUUAGCGUUAGAUGUUUGGUCUGAUGUUUUUUACAAAGCCCACUUUGUAGUAAACCCAAAGAUAACAGCUUUUUUUUGGCGUUGCAUGGGUAGAAAAUGACAUCAACUAAAUGGAUCUCAUUUUUAAAUGUCCCUAGUUAAUCAUUUAACCACAGCUGGGGCUUCAAAUUGGAGCUUACAUGAAAUGUUCAGAAAAGCAUAUUCUACUGUAUUGUGACAAUUUAUAACAAACUGAAAGACCAUGGCGGACAGCAACAGUUGUGAAGUAGUGAUUGGAGGAAUGAGGAAAUAAGGCAGAGCUUGGCAGGGACAGUAAUGAUUUGAUUAGGGAUAAUGCAAUGGCAGCACUCACAGACACCAAAUCAAAUUUCAUUAUCUUAAAAAAAUUUGACUAAAUAAAUAUUGUUGCUCCAUUUGAAUGAUUAGGCCAGUGCUAAGUUACUGUAGGAAUAAAAAAGACAGUGAUGCUGAUGUGGUUGUAAGCUGAGAUGUUGUGAGAUGAGAAAAUCGAUGUGUUGAUGUGUUACAGUUUUUAAUGUUGAGGUGGUGCUCUUCAUUGGCAAAAACACCUUUCCCUGUGUACAGCUCCCCACGGUACCAACAACAUACGAAUUUCCUUCCCCAACCAGCCAGCCUGACCACAUGACCACAGCAUAUGACCCAGUCAGCGUAGCUCACUGGUUUGAACAGCACAAGUCACUAUUACUUAAAACAAUGACAGACCCAAGAUUAUAAUUGCAACAUAUGAUUACAAUAUGAUUGCACAACAACAUCUAUCAUAAUAAACAAACUAUUUGUCUGGUUAAGCGCUUCAAAACAUUAGGAAAGCAGCAUGAUUUCCUGCGACAGCUACACCAUGCAUCUCUGAGCUGAUGUGUGCAGCAAAAAGACCACAUAUAUACAUGAGGCCUGUUUUCACACCACUGUGCUUAAAAGGUCCUCUGACGUUAUUUCCUGUCCGGCCUGGGUUUCAUUAGUGAACUCCAGUGAACACUGCGAUUCUGUACUGAAGUGUUAACUGGAGUGUUAACACUGCAGAUUCUGUACUGAAGGUUUAGCGGAGUAUUAGAGAAACAGAGAGAGAGAGAGAGAGAGAGAGAGAAUGGCAGAGGGAAUCUAUGAUGAUGUGAGCAGUGUUGAGCUGACUGAAGCAGACAGAGGAGAGAGAGUGGAGAAGACGGUGGCGAUUUAUAUGAGUGCAGACGCUGUUAGAGCUCAGGAGACCAACACACAGAGGGGGACAACAACUCAGCAGACAGGUAGAGUAACUCUCAGUGCACAAACUCUCAGUGUGUUCACAACGAAAACUUCUUCUAAGUUAAUUCACUCUUUAUCAGACGUUAGAACAGGAAUCAGAUGUUCCAGACUGGCUGUGGUGUGUGUGGGGCUGCUGUGUGUUCUCCUGCUGACUACCAACAUAGUGCUGUACAUGUACUAUAUUAGAGACCAAACCAUCAUAGUAAACCUCACUGCAGGGAGAGAAACUCUCUUAUCCAGUAUCAGAAACCUGACUGAAGAAAGAGACCAGCUAAAGAGCAGCUACCAGAAUCUGACUGCAAAAAACAUCUUACAAACCAAAUAUGAUCAUUUAGUGAAGCUGAUUGAGAAAAGCUGGUUUAAAGAAUUGAAGAAGAACAGAAGCAGCUUUUACUUUUUCUCCUCUGAGAAGAAGAACUGGAGUGAGAGCAGGCAGGAUUGCAGAGAGGGAGGAGCAGAUCUGGUGAUCAUAAACAGCAGAGAGGAACAGAUGUUCCUCAUUGACGAAAUGAAAGAGAAGAGUUUCUGGAUUGGUCUGACUGAUGAAGAAGCAGAAAAGACAUGGAAGUGGGUGGACGGCCAACCUCUGACUGACGAAUUCUGGAGGCCAAAUGAACCCAACAAUGGUGGUGGUGGUGAGGAGGACUGUGCUAUUUUCACCACUGCAGACAAAGACAGUCAGGAAACAUGGAACGAUCUUUCCUGCUCAGGGACAGAAAACUGGAUGUGUGAAUUCAAUCUGACAAACUUCAACCUGAAUAGGCCUGUGGACUAUGCCACCCCUUACUUUAUGCCUGGAGAUAAGAGGAACUCCAUUAAGAUGGAGCCCAACUCGGUUACUGAAAUGUUCCUCAUUGACCAAAAGAAAGAGAACAGUUUCUGGAUUGGUCUGACUGAUGAAGACACAGACAACAAAUGGAAGUGGGUGGUCGGCCAACCACUGACUGAUGAAUUCUGGAGGAACGGUGAACCCAACAAUGCUGGUGAGGAGGACUGUGCUAUUUUCACCACUACGGCUGAAGACAUUUUUAAUGUUGAGGUGGUGCUCUUCAUUGGCAAAAACACCUUUCCCUGUGUACAGCUCCCCACGAAAGAGAGAGAGAGAGAGAGAGAGAGAGAGAGAGAGAGAAUGGCAGAGGGAAUCUAUAAUAAUGUGAGCAGUGUUGAGCUGAGUGAAGCAGACAGAGGAGAGAGAGUGGAGAAGACGGUGGAGAUUUAUAUGAGUGCAGACGCUGUUAGAGCUCAGGAGACCAACAUACAGAGGGAGACAACAACUCAGCAGACAGCUGUUAGAACCGGAAUCAGAUGUUCCAGACUGGCUGUGGUGUGUGUGGGGCUGCUGUGUGUUCUCCUGCUGACCACCAACAUAGUGCUGUACAUGUACUAUAUUAGAGACCAAACCAUCAUAGUAAACCUCACUGCAGGGAGAGAGACCCUCUUAUCCAGUAUCAGAAACCUGACUGAAGAAAGAGACCAGCUAAAGAGCAGCUACCAGAAUCUGACUGCGAAAAACAUCUUACAAACCAAAUAUGAUCAUUUAGUGAAGCUGAUUGAGAAAAGCUGUUUUAAAGAAUGGAAGAAGAACAGAAGCAGCUUUUACUUUUUCUCCUCUGAGAAGAAGAGCUGGAGUGAGAGCAGACAGGACUGCAGAGAGAGAGGAGCAGAUCUGGUGAUCAUAAACAGCAGAGAGGAACAGAUGUUCCUCAUUGACGAAAUGAAAGAGAAGAGUUUCUGGAUUGGUCUGACUGAUGAAGAGGCAGAAAACACAUGGAAGUGGGUGGACGGCCAACCACUGACUGAUAAAUUCUGGAGGAACAGUGAACCCAACAAUGGUGGUGGUGGUGAGGAGGACUGUGCUGUUUUCACUGCAGACAGUGACGGUCAGCGAACAUGGAACGAUCUUUCCUGCUCAGGGACAGAAAACUGGAUGUGUGAAUUCAAUCUGACGAACUUCCACCUGAAUACUUCAACUAAACACCAUUAGAUUUUCACUGCUAAUCUUGGGAUAA